CCGCGAAAGGGUGUGCGUUUUGAAGGUUGAGCGAAGCCAAACAUAAACUGCAGAGAGGAGAGCACUCGUCACUCGGUUUCUCCACUAGGGUCAAGCCUGUGAGCUGAAGCCCGGGACCAGCACAUCCCAUCCCGUCAACGACCUGGGCCCCCGAUCAAGGUCCUGUCCUUCCGAAGAAAAGAGAGAGGGGAGCCGCAUACACGGGCACUGGCGUUAAAAAGUUGAGGUACAUUAAGGUGCUCGGUAAAAUACAAUGUGGCAGCUGCGUGGAUUCUCUUCAAGGUCAGUAUCGGAGCACCGCCAAAUUUGUCCGGCUUUCGUGGAGGAGGAAGGGGCGCGGAAGGGAUGGGAUGAUGCCGCUGCUGCCGCCGCUGCAGUGUCUUCCUCGCUUCCAUCAUCACCAAUGACACAUUUCGCCGACGAGGACGUUGCUUGUGGUCACUGACACGGAGGGAAACUUGUGAAACACGGCUGUAAACAUAGCAGAACAGGAUAGGCUCCGGUUUUACAGCGUUAUUGUCUGUGGGGUUGUAAAAGUGAAGUCUUCAUAUCAUCUUGUUUUUUCCUGUCCUCUUCCAUCGGCCUGUGUGACUGACUGUUCACCUGGCUGCGAGCGACCACACCGGAGUCAAGCUAGCUAACGUGACCGCAGAGAAUGUUCUGGUCGGGAUAAAGGUAGUCGAGUCAAACGUUAAAAGUCAGUUUGGUUGUGUAGGAAUUCGUUAGUUACGCAGACGUUGCGCAGUUAUAACUUAACUCAGUUUAAGCCAACUUCCUUGAAUUAGUUUGGGUUUUGUAAAGCCGACUUAACGUAUUCACUAUUCUUUCGUCGCCUUUAAUUGCUCAACAAAAUGCCUCUGAGGACAGGUUCGGCCGGCUUCGGCAGGAGUUUGCCGGAGCGGGGGCUGCUCCUGCUGGUGGUGCUGGUCGUCCUGGAAGGCUUCUUCCUUCCCCACGGAGCUGCCAGCUCUCCGGAUGUCAGCCACCAGGAAAAUCUAGACAACCACAGAGAGGCGGACGUGGGACAUAACUUCACUAAAAAGGCUUUCCCUGUGCUCAGCCUCGACUACCAUCACAUACAGACGCCGUUUGAAAUCUCAUUAUGGGUUCUCCUGGCUUCUUUAAUGAAAUUAGGGUUCCACCUGAUUCCUCGUCUGUCCGGCAUUGUGCCAGAAAGCUGCCUGUUGAUUGUUGUGGGCCUGCUGGUAGGGGGGCUCAUCAAACUGGCUGGAGAGGAGGUCCCACCAGUGCUGGACUCAAGAUUGUUCUUCCAGUGCCUGCUGCCCCCCAUCAUCCUGGAUGCUGGCUACUUCCUGCCCAUCCGCCCUUUCAUGGAGAACUUGGGCACAAUCCUGAUGUUUGCUGUUGUGGGAACUCUGUGGAACGCCUUCUUCAUCGGGGGCCUGCUGUACGCCGUAUGUCAGAUACAGCCGGCCAACCCCUCUGACCUCCACCAACUGGAGCUCCUGCCUUGCCUGCUCUUUGCCUCCAUCAUCUCAGCUGUGGAUCCUGUUGCCGUGCUAGCAGUGUUUGAGGAGAUCCAUAUCAAUGAGCUGUUGCACAUCCUGGUGUUUGGCGAAUCGCUGCUAAACGAUGCUGUCACUGUGGUGCUGUACCACCUUUUUGAGGAAUAUGCAGGUGUAGGCACAGUAACAGUGAUGGACUGCUUCCUUGGAGUCAUCUCAUUCCUGGUAGUGGCUUUGGGUGGUGUUCUAGUCGGAGCGAUCUAUGGUAUCCUGUCUGCCUUCACCUCACGCUUCACCUCCCACACACGGGUCAUCGAGCCACUUUUUGUAUUUGUGUACAGCUACAUGGCUUAUCUGUCAGCUGAGAUGUUCCACCUCUCCGGCAUCAUGGCGUUAAUAGCAUGCGGAGCAGUCAUGCGUCCUUAUGUCGAGGCCAAUAUAUCCCACAAGUCCCACACCACCAUCAAGUACUUCCUCAAAAUGUGGAGCAGUGUCAGCGAGACGCUGAUCUUCAUAUUUCUGGGCGUGGCCACCGUGGACGGACCUCACUCUUGGAACUGGACCUUUGUCACAGUCACCGUCAUCCUGUGUCUGGUGGCACGAGUUAUGGGUGUGGUUGGCCUGACCUUCGUCAUCAACAAGUUCCGCAUUGUGAAGCUGACCACCAAGGACCAGUUCAUCAUAGCCUACGGUGGUCUGCGAGGUGCCAUCGCCUUCUCCCUCGGCUUCUUGCUGAAGAAGGAACAUUUCCCGAUGAGAGAGAUGUUCCUCACUGCCAUCAUCACCGUCAUCUUCUUCACCGUCUUCGUUCAGGGCAUGACCAUUAAACCACUGGUGGAGCUGCUGGCAGUGAAGAAGAAACAGGAGGCCAAGCGCUCCAUUAAUGAGGAAAUCCACACGCAGUUCCUGGACCACCUACUGACUGGGAUUGAGGACAUCUGUGGACACUAUGGACACCACCACUGGAAGGACAAACUCAACCGCUUCAACAAGAAGUAUGUGAAGAAGUGCCUGAUUGCAGGCGAGCGCUCUAAGGAGCCACAGCUCAUCGCCUUCUAUCACAAGAUGGAGAUGAAACAGGCCAUUGAGCUGGUGGCGAGUGGAGGGGGAGUCAAGCUGCCGUCUGCGAUGCCUUCCACCGUUUCCAUGCAGAACAUCCAGCCGAAGAAGCCUCCUAUUGCUAAGUCUGCAGAGAGAGCUCUGCCACAGCUGACGAGAGGCCGCGAGGAGGAGAUCAGGAAGAUCCUGCGCAGUAACCUUCAGAGGACACGACAGAGGCUGCGCUCCUACAACAGACACACACUGGUGGUUGAUCCAUACGAGGACGGAUUCAAUGAAUUACUUAUAAAGAAACAAAAGAUGAUUGACCUGGAGAAGAAGAUAAAGGAGAUGAAUAACUACCUGACAGUGCCUGCUGCUCCUCCUGAUUCCCCGACAAUGUGCAGAGCCAGACUGGCUCAGGACCCUCAAGCCUACAGUAUGAAGCCGGCGUCUGGCAACGUACCAUCCAUUCAGGUGGACCUGGCCUCUCCUCAGUCUCCAGAGUCUGUCAACGUCAUUGAUGAGUUCAGACGGGCCAACCGGGAGGAGGACGACCAGGGCCUCGUGAUGAGGCCUCGCCAUAGACCAGGUGGACCUAACAAGAAGACUGAGGAGGAGGGGGAUACAGCGAAAGAUCAGCAGAAGCUGAUGAGGUGUCUCAGUGACCCAGGUCCCAGUGCAGAGGACGACGAGGACGAGGACGAACCCUUUCUGCCUUAACAUGGCAGAGCAGACACAGAGGGAUGAGGCUACACGGGGCUGCUUUGCUGCUCUGCUCUACGUCAGAAACCAAACAAGCCAAAACUGCUGAUGCUGUACAAAGCAGAAAUUAGAAUCAAAAAGAGAUUGAAAAUAACAAAGAGAGCCAUUAGUUUGUUAUUAUCAUUGCUCUUUAUUUUUUUAGAUGGGAUGAGUACAGCUGUCGCUGAUAAACAGAGAGGUUUAUGAUUGAUAGUCUGAGACAUUCAGGAAAGAACUAUGCAUUACCAAAGGUCUGGACUGUUUUACUGUCAGACAAUGUUGUUGUUUUUUUACUUUUUCCUUCUUAAUGUCGUUGUUGAUCUUAUUUUUGACCAUGACUCUAACAUAUUUGAUUUACCUUUACACCUACGUUCCCUGAUACAUGCUGGUCCUCCACUAUCAAAGCUUCGGUCCACUUUUUACAUUCUUUCUUUUAUUACGUCACUUGAAAUAGCUGGAUUUUGCCAGUUGAAGCUAGUUUUACCAUAUAUGUAUAUAUACAGUAUAUACUGUGUGUGUGUAUAUAUAUAUAUGUAUGUAUAAAAUCAUGGGUACGUACGUCUAAUUGUUUGAGGUGGAUGUUUUUAGUCACUGUGUAAAAGAACCACUGUCCUUUAUAGUCAUGGCCUUGUUCAGUGGUUAUGGAGAGAGUUGAUGUGGACUUGAGAAAUCCCUUAAUAUUGUAUUGCAUAGUUUUGACCUACAUAUGUGGAGCGAAGCUGUUUGAGGGACUUGUUGGACAGGCAGUGAUGCAGCACAGAUGUUUUUGAUGUCAGCCUCAUGCUCAAUUCCCCGUCUUCUGCAGCUGAAUUACAUGUUGUCACGUCACAUUUCUGCAAAAUUAAGGAUGCCAACUGCCGUUUAUCUCCACGACCACAUUUCUCUGCAUCAACAUUUUAAUGUUCUGUAACACUUUACACCUCAACGGUUGGCGUUGUUAGAGUAGUUUUUGUCCAAUUCACACUCCUCUUUUAAGCUUUUAUGCCACAAAAUAGGCUUUGGUAUAUAACAUGUUAGCACACGCCUUUUUUCACUCACAACAAGUUAAGGUUUGCACAGGAAUCCAUCCACGCCGCACUCACCAUUUAGAAAUAUGAUACAUUAGGCAUGUCAUUGCAAAACAAAAAUGGAAGUCUAUGCAGUAUAGGUGUGUAAAUUAUGUAAAAAGAAGAAAAAAAUGCCAUAGUAUCUUAUAUUUAUGAAAACCCUUUAAAACUAAAGUGUUGUAAACGUAUAACCAUGCAAAACACUGAGAGAAACCAAUGCUAAAGACAAAUAUGGGCAUUAAAAUGCAAUCAUUGAAACUAAAACAGUUUACAACUCUGUUUGCACAUCUGAGCAAGACUGAAAGGUUGUAGUCUACUGAUACUGUAAAUCUGUGUAGUCAGUGUAAAAUACAUCCCAUCAGAAUGUAACAUCCAUGUUUCUCAUGUCUCAUACUGUACAUAAAUGCACCAUUCACAGUCAGAACAGCAAAGUGCCAAUCGCAGUUCGAUUCUAUGUUCCACGGUACCCACUGUGAGGAAAGUAAAGUAGCUUCAGUGAGUCAGUGUUCUACUUUUCCAGCUGUUUUCAAGGUGUUGAAGACCAUUUGAUCCUCCAUGAUCCUCUUACAUCCGGAAGGCUCACAUUACAGCUUAGGGAAAUCAGAAAAAAAGCCUUUCAAUGGUUACUCUAGCAAGAUUAUUAAUGAGGUAUUUUGUUUAUGCUUGUAUUAAAAAUCCGUAGUGGGGGGGGGUUAAGUCCCUUUCAUGCCCCGGACACGUUUCCUUCGUCCCACUUUCUAAAAGGAGAAUAGCAGCUGAGUGAUGAUCGUGUUCGCAUCUGGUUUCCUUGUGUGAGUCAUGUUCAGUUUCUUCUGAGAAGCCUCUGCAUAUGCAUGAGCUGAGAGAUGCAGCAGAGAGACGGGGCUGGAAAUCGGGCUGGGAGUUGAGUUUUGAUACGGUAUCAUCGAUAAUAUCUGGACCUCUAUACCGAUUCCUCCACAAUACUUUGCCCUACACCAAUUUUAUGAAACUGGUAAAGUUUAUAACAAACAAAAAAAAGACACUACAAUGACUCUUUGUUUCAGCUAGUCCAAUUUUCUGCUCCCUUUGUCGUGUCACGUUAGAUCUUCUCAACAUAGCUUCAUUCAUUAAACAAGCAGCAGCCACACACACACACACACACAGGAUAAUCCCCGUCUGUCUCUGGUCAUAACGUCCCACACACAUGGAGACAGACAGACACGAGCACUGUUAGAUCUCGCUCAAAAAAAACAUGCUGUAUGAUUAUUGUUAUUAACUUGCAAGACAUUGAAUUUUGAUAUCAAAUGACAGCACUUUUUUUUUUUUUAUUGAAGUAUUGAAGAUCAAUUCUCAGUCUGAGGUGAAUAUGUCUGGUCGUUAAAAACCCAUGAAGGACUCAAGGACAGACGGAACUUUCUCCCUCAUCCUCACAUGCGUCUUUUAUUGUUGUCAACAUUUAUGUGCAACAUUACUUUUAUUGGGUUCUAAAAUGGUGUGUGUGAGAGAAGCUUCUCUCCAUCUGUGCGUGGAUGUUUCACGCUGCCAUUGUCUCACCACAGGCUUCAUGAUUUGGCCGCAAAUUCAACUCCUCAUGCCGCAGUAACUGAGUCUGAGACAUUUCGUCAGGUUUCAGGAAGGUCACAGUCGCUUCUUUCUUCAUAAACACUUGUACAUAAAGACUGUAAACAAAGCAGUAUUUUCCUGUCCAAACAAAACAUGAAUAACAUUGUUUUGGGCUGUGACUGAGAGGGAGAGGGAAACCAAAAAAAACAUGCAUAUCCUUUAAUUUAGUCCAAAGACUUAUUUUCAAAGAAGGGGGGAAUCAUUGUUUACAUGUUGUUCUUCUUCACACCAAAUGCUUCUUUUUGGGGGUAAACAUCUGAAUGUCGUACACAUGGUUUAGCUUUAACCACUCGUGUCUUUUUCUCCAAUCUGGAUCAUUUUUUUCUUCCAUCACUGGUGAAAUAUGUUAAGUCAUGUCAGAUGUUUUCAUUGAAUGUGUUGGACUGAAUCACAGCGUUAAAACUGUUCAUUCACUUCAGCUUUAUGAUUUUAUUCUCUGCUUUACUCUUUCAAGUGCUUUACUGUAAAAAAAAAACAAAAAAAUGUUUGUUUUUCAGGUACGUCUGUGUCCCUUUUGUUAUCUUUAUCAGGAUUUGUUUUUCUUUUCUUCUCCUGCUCAUGUUUACUUGUAACCAAACUCCAACGUUCUUUUGCAGCUUAAAUGCUUUAAAGUGAAGGCAUCGUCUACAAUCAAUGAAACACGCUGGUAACAAACUCUUAAAUAAGGCCACUCUGGUGUUGUGUUAGGCAGCCAUUAGUUUACUUUCAUGUUCAUCAACAUAGCAGGGUCUUCAUAACCAAGUGGAAAGGGAACUUCUAGGAAGGUUUCCAUUAGAGGAUGAGUUAAAUGCUGAGUGGUUUAUUAUGGAGACUUUGCUUCAGAUUCAUCACCAUGAACAUCAGGUUAUUAAGUCGGGUACAUUUUUUUGUUGCGUGAUGCAUAUUCAUGUAAUCAGGCUGACAAACUGCAGUGCCAUGCGACAGUUGACUAAACACCUUCUAAUGGCCGUUUUUACAGGUAGAAAUGAUUGAGAACUGCAGUGUGCGUUGAAAAGUGUUGAGCACUAAUUUUGCUUCGUGAUGUAUACAUAUUUUUUCUUCAGUAUAUAGUAAUGAGUGUGUUGUCAUUACUCCACCACCUAAAGACUGUUUUCCUCCCUUGUUUACCUCAUCAAUCUCUAUUCCACACACACACACACACACGCACGCGGCGUGACUGAGCACUUUAACAAAGCAGUACCUUUAACUCAUCGUGCUGAUGUUAGAGAGAGCAAUAAGUGGCUUUAAUGUAAUGUACACACACACACACACAUACACACAUACACGUCACAGGGGAAAGGAAUGUACUUCAUGAUGGGCCUUAUAAAAAAAAGGGAUGGUGUCUGUCUUUGCUCGGAGGCAAACGUCGUGAUAUGACUCGAUGACAGAGCGGUGACCAUUUUGUUUGUCGUUUUCUCACAUGUUAGUUUUGCUGAUCUUCAUGUGUUUGUUGGAUUUACUUGUUGUUUGCAGUUUGACUAUUUCAAUUUUGCAAUAAUGAGAUUGUUUUAUUUUCUAUACACAUGACUAGGAAAUAUAUAUAUAUAUCUAUACAUACAUAAAUAUAUAAAUUAAAAAAAGGUAUAUUAGACAUUUAUUAUAAGGAUGUACAAAUAAGAAUCUGAAUGAUAAGUGUGCACUCUCUUGCUAACUUUUGCCGUAAAGCAUUCCAUUCCUGUAACCACUAGUGAAAACUAACAACACGAGGUGAAACUGCAGAAGUCAGAAACUGUAUGAAAAUUAAAGUUUUACUUUAUGAUG